UGGGUAUUUUGUUUCACAGAAAACAUUUGCAACACUGACUCACUUGGUGAAGCUUGAUCUUAGCUGCAACCUUAUCGUUGAGCUGCCAACCAACUUUGGAGAACUAGAACGCCUGAAGCAUUUGGACCUCUACAACAACAAGCUCACUCACCUUCCGGUGAGUUUCCACCGGCUCACGUCGCUGCGAUGGCUGGACCUGAAGAACAACCCGCUGAGCUCUCAGCUGGCGGCCGCCGCCGGCGAGUGCCUCAACCCCAAGGAGUGCGAACAGUGCGCGCGCCGCGUGGUCCAGUUCAUGGGCCGCGUCAAGGAGCACUACGACCAGGAGCGAAUACGGCGGCAGCAGCACGAGAAAGAGCUCAUGCAAGCGAAGUUGGCGGCAGAAGAGGCAGAAAAAGAGAGGUUAAGGCUGGAGAAAAAGGCUAAAAAGGAGAAAAAGAAGCAAGAGUUGAGGGAAAUGAAGAUAGAGAAUCUGCACCACCAUCACCCCGAUCACGCAGAACUGAAAGCGUCUCUGGUGGAGGAAAAGAGUGUCAAAUCAUCCAAAGCAGAGAGUGGUGGCGGCCUCUCGUUCGUCGGGAAGCUGAACCUGGUGCUGCUUCUGACGGCCGUGGCGCUGGUCGGCGGCGCCCUCUACCUGCAACAGCGCGGCGGCAGGGCGCCCAGCGCCGGUCUGCCCGCCGACCUGGCCGGCCGAGCCAUGGACUUCUCCGUGCGGGCGUUCGAGCGUGUCUCCGAGCUGGGCACCAGCACCGGCGACCUGCUGGUGAAGCAGACGCUGGCGGUCUGGAGGUGGGGCGGGGAGCUGGCCGCGCAGAUAGACCUGUACCUGACGCAGGCGCUCGGCGAGUCCUGGCACUCCACCAAGGCGGCCGCUGGGGAGGCCGGCAGUGCGCUGAGCCGGGUCUCGCGCCGCGCCGGCGAGCAGAGCCUGGCACUGCUGUCGUACGCGGUGCGGCGGGCCUGGGAGUCGGCUGGCCCUCUCUGGGAGGCGGCCUGCGACCAGGCGGCGCGACUGCGACAGGACGCCGGCCCGCUGCUGAUACAGUGGACCGAGGCCGGCUGGCGCGCGCUCGUCGACUUCUGGGCGGCCGUGCAGCGCGAGGCGCCCGGGUACGCGGCGGCCGCCUGGGAGGUGGCCUGUCGGGUCGCCCAGGGCGUCUGGAUGAUGUGCUCUGACGGCUGGGAACUGGUCAGCACCCAAGUGCCUGUAUACGCCUCGCUGGCCGCUGAGCGUCUCACUAAACUGGUGGCGUCCGUAACAGGUGGUUAGGGGGCGCUGCUGGCCUCAGCCACAUCGGCCAGCGAUAUAUCCUAUUUUGUUGCUUUCGGUUUGGUGAUUUUACGCGAAUCUAUCAGUUGUGCGUAAAAUGCAUGGGAUUUGGUUUCUACGGGCAUAAUGGGUUGGUGGGAAAUUCAGCGGGGCAACUUUGUGCGUUUAAGCACCAAGCUGUGUGCAUCCAAGGGGUGUGGCGUCACGUUUUGCAACGAACCUUUGGCUGCAUGUUGUGACGAAAACAAAAGGUACUGUGCGGAUCGUGUGCCAGCAAAAUGACGUUGUGUAUGAGUUCCUUGAUCCCAUUAACGGAUUGCUUUUGGCUCAAGUUUCGGUUGGGUUCUUCGCGUUUUGGUGGUUCUGCAUUGCUACGAUGAUGGCUUCGUUGUUAAAUUAGCUCAUUCUGGUCAUUUUUCAAUUUUGGUAUGGAUCAAGCGGAGACCCAGCGACAAGAAUAUUAUUUGUACGAGUUUAGGGUCACUGGUAAAGAUAUGGUCGUUUAAUGUGAUACGAAGCCAUUCCGCUCACACAUCCAAAUGAUCUUAUGUGUGAUAAAAUAAACGGUGAAUUAA